AUGGAGGAGAAGUUUCGACCAACAGUUGAAAGUCAAAGGAGGCUAAACCCAAACAUGAAGGAGGUAGUAAGAGCUGAGGUGAUCAAACUUCUAGAUGCUGGAAUAAUCUACCCGAUAUUAGAAAGUUAUAAUCAGAUAUCAGUGGCACCGGAUGAUCAGGAGAAGACGACAUUCACAUGCGCCUAUGGGUUUUACAAGAGGUUUAUAAAGGACUUCUCCAAAAUCACCAAGCCUCUGUGCAACCUACUAAUGAAAGAGGAUUUGCCCUUUGAGCUAAUGUGCGAUGCGAGUGAUCAUGCAGUUGGUGCGUUGCAAGAGUUCGAUAUUGAGAUCAAGGAUAAGAAGGGCAGUGAAAAUGUGGUAGCCGGCCACCUAUCAAGAUUGGAACGGGAUGAACCUGAGAUGUUAGUUGACAUAAAUGAAAUCUUUCCAGAUGAGCAAAUUUUUGGAGUAGAAAUAGUCCCAUGGUACGCUGAUAUUGUUAACUACCUUGCUAAGUCCAUCCCGCCACCAGAAGACACAUUCGAGUAUGUGAAGAGAUGUGAUAAAUGCCAACGAAUCGGAAAUAUCUCAAGAAGAAAUGAGAUGCCACUAAAUUACAUCUUCGAGGUUGAAAUAUUUGAUGUAUGGGGAAUAGACUUCAUGGGACCUUUUUCCCCAUCAUAUGGUACACCGAGGGCGAUAAUAAGUGAUGGGGGUAAACACUUCAUAAUUCGUCAAUUAGAGCAGCUGUUAAACAAAUAUGAGGUGAAACAUAAAGUAGCAGCUCCAUAUCAUCCACAAACCAAUGGGCAAGUUGAAGUUUCGAACAGGCAGUUGAAGAGAAUAAUAGAAGUUACAGUGAACUCAUCUCGAAAAGAUUGGUCUAAGAAGUUGGACGAUGCACUGUGGGCUUACAGAAUAGCGUUUAAGACACCAAUAAGAAUGUCUUUAUACCGCCUGGUGUUUAGGAAAGCAUGUCAUCUACCAUUGGAAUUGGAUCACUGA